AUGACGAAUCUAGCAAUACAACAGACGGAUUAUGACGCAUUUUCCAGCAAAAUUGCAGCAAUUCAAAGAGGUUAUCUUCCCCCUAGCUCAAAAAAUGCCUUGAACCAGGAUUAUGACGAUGCAGAUGCCUGGCUGUCCAAAUUGUAUAUUAAUUUCAAGGAACUCCAUAUGAACUAUUUAAAUGUAUUAAGAAGUAAGAACCGUAGAGUAUAUUCAAAGAUAAACAAGGCUAGUUUAAAUUCAUUUCCUGUGAUGAACUAUGGUACGUACCUCCGAACGGCUGCCAUUGAUCUUUCUGUUUUACAAUAUUUAAAUGAUAGUACUUUUGAUAAGUUUCAAAUCGUCAAUCUUGGAGCAGGGUCAGAUUUGAGAAUGAUCCAAUACUUGAACAUGUUUCCAGAUCGAUUAGAGAACUUUGUGGAUAUAGAUUUCGCUGAAGCUGUUCAACUAAAGCAGGGAAUAAUCAAUGACCUAGGGUUCAAGAACGACAAGUACCAUUUGCUAGCUUGUGAUUUAAAGCAGGAUAUUAAGAAGACAAUGGAGACCCUUGAAUCGAGGUUAGAUUUGAGUACACCCACUAUAAUAAUUACAGAGUGUAUGUUGUGCUAUUUACCCGAAACUCAGUCGCAAUUGUUGAUUGAUAAUUGCAUGAAAAGCUUUGAAAAAGGUUGUUGGAUAUCUUAUGAUCCUAUCGGAGGUGACCAACCGAGUGAUAGAUUUGGGAAAAUUAUGAAGAAUAAUUUGCAGGAAUCAAGAGGGCUAGAUUUACCAACGCUGCUAAUUUACAGCUCUACAGAAAAAUAUUUGCAAAGAUGGGCAGCAGAUAAUAAGGCGGAAAGUACUAUCUUAGACAUGUGGCAAUUCCACAAUAAGUACAUUUCAGCUAAAGAAAUGGCAAGGCUCAGGUCGUUACAAUUUUUGGAUGAAAUUGAAGAAUUGAAACUUAUGCAAUUACAUUAUGUCAUACUACAGUGUGAAUGGCAAUAG